GCGGUACACACCUGUGAAUGCUGCAGCGUAUCACUGUUUUCGAUUAAGAAGAAAGCUGUCAUGGCGGCCAAGGUUGUGAUGGUUGCCGUGCCAACCGUCCUGGGCAUAGCAUCCUUCCGGGUGUGCUCUAUGGAGGCUGAAUUGGAUGGCAUAUUCUCACCACAACAGUUGUCCAUCUACACACCUCUGCCCCGAAACUAUCAGCUCCAGUUUGUCGCUGAGCAGCCAGGGGCGCUGCAGAGCAGCGUGACCUCUUUUAGAGCCACAUUACAGCCCUACAUCCAAGCUGCACAGGGUGCCUGUGUCUCCGUGAAAGUUGGAAGUGUGCACAUGUAUCAUGCGAGUCAAGAUGUGUACCACUAUCUGAAAGACCCUCCACCAGGCUUCCUUCCUAGACUGGGCUCCAUCUACAUGGCUGGACUGGUGGGCAUGCUCGUCACCAGGCAGGACUCUCGUCUAAGGAAACUAGCAGUCCCCCUGGUCUUUAUGGGUGCUGGAGCAUCAGUUUGCUACCCUGCCCAAUCUGUGGCUCUGCUCAAGGUAAUGGGAAAGCAGUUGUAUGCAGCCGGUCAGUGGAGCACAACCACAGUCUCCUCGCUCCUGUCCACUGUCAGCCCCAAAGAACCCAGCUCCAAAACCCAGAUUGACAAUGUGCCAAAGCCAGAGGCCCCUGUAGAGGAGGAGGGGCCUCCUGUCUCCGGCCUCUCCCCGGACUCCGCCCAUUCCCCAGUCAGCCCCGCCUUGGCCACGCCCCCCUCUGAUGCUGAGCUGGUGGUGGCGUUUGUGCUGGCGGCCACACCCACCACUGGAACUGGGAAGCCUCCAGCUCCAGGGCACACACACACGCCAGUGCUCACACAGGCUGACACACACACAGAACAUCCAGAGAUCAGUCCUGAACAGUCCCUGAUGGACUUUGGCCAGUCUGACCCUGAGGACGCAGACCUGUACAGCACACGUAGCUGAGAGGACAGGAGGCAUGAGGAGAGGAGAGAAGGAGACAUGAGGAGAGGUUGUGCCCUUACAGUGGCACAAUCAGGUUCAAUCAAGUCACACAGUAAUCUGUAUGUCCUAAUAUAUGUUUAUCCUGCCAAGAGACAGCGUAAUCCAAUAACUGCAGCAACGCUUUCUAUCAGUGUUAUCAGUGUGUUAUCAGUUAGUUUGGAGACAUUACAGGUCAGGUGAACACACACACACACACACAUUACUGUUUACAACUGCGUAUGGCUGUACUGCACAGGAAGUGGUGAGAUCAUGUCUUGUCUACUUUUGACUUCAAGGCUUAGGGGUUUUUGUGGGUGGGCAGCUUAAGAAUGAUACAAGUAUGUUUUAUAUCAUACUGAUAUGCAAAUUCCAAAAUAUAUGUAUCUGUGAUUGCAUACAUAUUUUUGCACUUGUAGAGAGAAAUAUUUCAAAUGUAUCUUGAAUAAAUCUAUAUUUCUAA